UUUGAGUAAGAGAUAAGGAAGAGAGGUGCCCCGAGCCGCUCGAGUCCGCCGCCGCCGCAGCGCCUCCGCUCCGCCGACUCCGCCGCCUUAGAUCGGACUCCCGGAUCGGCGAGGGCGCGGCGCAGCCGACCAGCGGCUCCCUCAGCCUUGGCAACCCCGGGGUCCACUGUUUCCCACCUAGCCACAACACCAGCAUCCUCUCUGUGGGCUGUUCACCAACUGUCCAACCACCAUUUCACUGUGGACAUUACUCCCUCUUACAGAUAUGGGAGACAUGGGCGAUCCACCAAAAAAAAAACGUCUGAUUUCCCUAUGUGUUGGUUGCGGCAAUCAAAUUCACGAUCAGUAUAUUCUGAGGGUUUCUCCGGAUUUGGAAUGGCAUGCAGCGUGCUUGAAAUGUGCGGAGUGUAAUCAGUAUUUGGACGAGAGCUGUACGUGCUUUGUUAGGGAUGGAAAAACCUACUGUAAAAGAGAUUAUAUCAGGUUGUACGGGAUCAAAUGCGCCAAAUGCAGCAUAGGCUUCAGCAAAAACGACUUCGUGAUGCGCGCCCGCUCCAAGGUGUACCACAUCGAGUGUUUCCGCUGUGUAGCCUGCAGCCGACAGCUCAUCCCGGGAGACGAAUUUGCGCUGCGGGAGGAUGGGCUUUUCUGCCGCGCGGACCACGACGUGGUGGAGAGGGCCAGCCUGGGAGCUGGAGACCCUCUCAGCCCCUUGCAUCCAGCGCGGCCGCUGCAAAUGGCAGCCGAGCCUAUCUCAGCUAGGCAGCCAGCUCUGCGGCCUCACGUCCACAAGCAGCCUGAGAAGACCACCCGCGUGCGGACUGUGCUCAAUGAGAAGCAGCUGCACACCUUGCGGACCUGUUAUGCCGCCAACCCUCGGCCAGAUGCACUCAUGAAGGAGCAACUAGUGGAGAUGACCGGCCUCAGCCCCCGAGUGAUCCGAGUCUGGUUUCAAAACAAGAGGUGCAAGGACAAGAAGCGCAGCAUCAUGAUGAAGCAGCUCCAGCAACAGCAGCCCAACGACAAAACUAAUAUCCAAGGGAUGACAGGAACUCCCAUGGUGGCUGCUAGUCCGGAGAGACACGAUGGUGGCUUACAGGCUAACCCAGUAGAAGUGCAAAGUUACCAGCCACCCUGGAAAGUACUGAGCGACUUUGCCUUGCAGAGUGACAUAGAUCAGCCGGCUUUUCAGCAACUGGUCAAUUUUUCAGAAGGAGGACCAGGCUCUAAUUCCACUGGCAGUGAAGUAGCAUCGAUGUCCUCUCAACUCCCAGAUACACCCAACAGCAUGGUAGCCAGUCCUAUUGAGGCAUGAGGAACAGUCAUUCAGAUGUAUUUUUUUUCCCUGUUGGAGAAAGUGGGAAAUUAUGUUGAACUCCGAAAUUAAAGUAUUUAACGACCCAGUCAAUGAAAACUGAAUCAAGAAACGAAUGCUCCAUGAAGUGCACGAAGUCUGUUUUAAUGACUAGGUGAUAUGGUAGCAACACUGUGAAGACAAUCAUGGGGUUUUACUAGAAUUAAAAACAAACAAGACCCCAAGCCCAACAUAUGCUAUUCAAUGACCUUAGGAGUACUGAAAAGAAUAAUAAUAAAACAAGACGUUUUUAAAACGUAGAGGAUUUAUAUUCAAGGAUCUCAAAAAAAAAAAAAAGCGUUUUCAUUUCGCUGCACAUCUAGAGGAAAAGCAGAAAUAGAGAAUUUUCUAGUCCACCCUAUUCUGAAUGGUGCUGUUUCUAUAUUGGUCAUUGCCUUGCCAAACAGGAGCUCCAGCACAGAGCGGAAGAAGCUGGCCUUAGUGGCUGAAAGGGUCCUUUCAGGAAGGCGGAGCUGCGUUGGUUUGCUAUGUUUUUAGUUGACUUUGACAAGGGAUUAAUUGAAAUUCUGGGUCUCUUUAGCUUGCCCUGUAGCUGGUUUCUCUUUUACUUUUGCCUUUUCUCCCAUUUCCCCUUUCUUUUUAUUUCUCUUUACUUUUUUUUUUGAGAUCCAUCCUCUAUCAAGAAGUCUGAAGCGACUUUAAAGGUUUUUGAAUUCAUAUUUAAAAACCAACUUAUAAAGCAUUGCAACAAGGUUACCUCUAUUUUGCCACAAGCGUCUCGGGAUUGUGUUUGACUUGUGUCUGUCCAAGAACUUUUCCCCCAAAGAUGUGUAUAGUUAUUGGUUAAAAUGACUGUUUUCGCUCUUUCUGGAAAUAAAGAGGAAAAAAAGGAAACUUUUUUUUGUUUG